AUGCCAGGCUUUGGAUGGCCACUUCUCAGUUUCAUCUCAGAAGGCAUUACGGUUGGAUGCACGUGUGGUAUGUUUUAUAAUGUGGAAUCGAAUUAUAUAACUAUAAGAAAGUAUAACAUACUUAAAUAUACUAUAGUUAGUUUAAUGGUACAGAUAAUCGUAAAUUUUAGCUGUUGUCAACUUUUUUUAGUGACCAAUAGAAAGUCGAGUAAACGAUUUACUCAGGCUUUGGAUCAUCCACGAGGUAGUUGGGUUGAUCCGAUGAGUGGAUUCGGUUCAUUGGGAACGUUUCCAGGCGGGCCUUACAGAGGUUCUGGCUUCAGCUUGACCACAUGGAUGGGAAACAUGUAUAAAAACGUUCACACCCCCGAAUCAGCAAAUGAACCCGCCGCGGCAAACAUGGCUUUACAAAUAUUUAACAUGGUUAAAGGAGUAAUUCAAACUAUUAUAGCAAUAAUAGUCGACACAGUUCCUCCAAUGGUUCUCGGAAAGUAA